CUACCGUCUCGUCAACUGAUCGGUAGCUCGGAAAAGUCUCGAUAAGUCUGUCGCAACAUUAUCCAAUACUUUGCAUGUGCGGUGAGUUCUUUUCAUCCAGUAUUGUAAUCUGCAUGUCGACCCCGCCUUUCCCAGAACAGUUAGCUUGUGUAACUUCGCAGCCAUCGGUACAGUGUAUAUGAAGUGCUUCCUAGCCUUGUGACUGUUAUCUCGUCUCCUUCUCGUUGCUCUCAGAUCAGAUUGAAUUGUGGGAUCGACGAGCAGGUCCUAAGGCACAUUCAAGAUAUUCAAAUCCAAAGCUAUAGUCGCAAGCCUCACCCGCUGCAACCAUCGAUCGAGCUUACUUGACACCAUGCCUACGGUCGCUAUCAAACCUGGUGCGACAGUGUUUGUGACCGGCGUCAAUGGGCUCGUCGGAAGCCAUGUCGUCGAUCAGCUCCUAAAGCGAGAAUACAAUGUCCGCGGUGCGGUGAGAGAUGCCGAGAAACACAAAUACAUGAUCAAAUACUUCGACGACAAGUACAAGAAGGCGAAGUUUGAGUUGGCCGAGGUGCCGGAUAUGACAGUCGAAGGAUGCUACGAUGGCGUCGUUGAUGGUAUCGAAGGCUUCAUCCACGUCGCUUCUCCAAUCGGAGGCAUCUCCGACGUCAAUGAAGCGAUCUCGAUUACCGUUAAGGCGGGUCUAAACGGCCUCAAGGCUUGUGCGAAGGUACCCUCAUGCAAAGGCUUCGUCUUCACCUCGUCAUCCCUUGCCGCGACGUUUCCUCAUCCCAAUGUUGAAUUCUCAAUCGAUGAGAACACAUACAAUGACGAAGCGUUGAAAAUUCUGGAGAAAGAGCCAGGUAAACCAGGGCUGUUCGUCUACGCCGCCAUGAAGACCGAGACCGAGAAGGCGAUGAUGAAAUGGAUGGAAGAGAAUCAGCCAGGCUUUGUGUUCAACCGCGUUUUGCCAAACGCCAAUUUUGGCCCUGUCGUGAUCCCUGAGCAUCAAGGCUUUCCUUCAACCAUUGGUUGGGCCCGUGCGGCAUGGGAAGGCAAACAGCUCGACUUUUGGACAACUUCCGUUGGUCCACAAUGGUAUGUCCAUCCAGUUGACUGUGCGCUCCUGCACAUCUCCGCGUUGAUCCACAGCGAUGUUAAGAAUGAGCGUCUCUUUGGCUUCGCGGAACCGUGGAGCUACAACCAGAUGAUGGAUACAUGGCGUAAGCUGUAUCCUGAAAGGAAGUUCCUGGAUAAUAUUGAAGGCAUGGGUGUUGACCGAAUGAGUUUACCAAAUGCCAGAGCUGAGGAAGUCAUGAGCUGGCUGAAGGGUCCGGGCUCGAGAUGGGAUAGUCUUGAGAAGGGCUUGCGAGAGAUGACUGAAAACUGGGUUUGAGGUCCUAUUGUUCUGUAUCUUGCUUUGUGUUCGGCUUUCAUCAGCUGCGUGAUUGUUUAGCUGGACGUACCAUGUUACCAAUGGAGUCAUGUCAGUUCCUCGAACAAACCCUACUCAAAUCUCUCACAGUCAGCCUGCGAGUCUUUCCUCUUCUCUUUCGAGUUCAACCCUUCCGUAUCGUGAGAUUCUUUGUGUAACAGAGGAUGGAAGAUUUUGAAGCGCGGCCGCGGUAACCCAAUCCCGUACGUCAAGCCACUACAACCCACGACCGCUCAGGGCGCAGGAAAAUUAAACCCUUGUCCCCCGCAAAAGUAGCCUACGAUACGCGGGGAGGCAAGUUGGGGUUGGCGAAAGCAGGUCGCCAAGUCGUGAGGCUAUUCGUGGAGAAAUGUCACCGGCUGCAUCCAAGACGAGGCG